AUGAUACUCCACUGCAUGCAUCUUUUUCUCUUGCUUCUGCUUGGUUCAUGGUGGCCAGACUCAGAGAAGCAUGUGGUGGGAGCUAUGAAGGUCAGGGAGCACUAUAUAGCUGCUCAGAUCACUAGCUGGACCUACAAACCGGAAUCUGAGGAAAAGUCCAGAUUGGGACAUUCAGAUCCUGUAUUUAAGAAAAUUUCUUACAGAGAAUAUGAAGUGGAUUUUAAAAAAGAAAAGCCAGCAAAUGUAUUUGCAGGACUUCUGGGACCAACUCUGCGUGCUGAAGUGGGAGAUACUUUAGUAGUUCACCUUAAGAAUAUGGCUGACAAGCCAGUCAGUAUGCAUCCCCAAGGCAUAGUUUACCAAAAAAAUGCGGAAGGCUCCCUGUAUGAUGACAGAACAUCAUCUGCAGAAAAACGAGAUGAUGCUGUACUUCCAGGCCAGGUCUACACAUAUGUGUGGGACAUAACAGAAGAAGCUGGUCCAAGAGAAGCUGACCUUCCUUGUCUUACUUACACAUAUUAUUCUCAUGUGAACAUGGCAAUGGAUUUUAACUCUGGUCUGAUUGGAGCACUGCUUAUCUGUAAAAAAGGAAGCCUAAAUGAGGAUGGGUCACAGAAACUUUUCGACAAGGAGUAUGUACUGAUGUUUGGUGUGUUUGAUGAAAACAAGAGUUGGCAAAGAUCAGCAUCACUCAAGUACACAAUUAAUGGCUAUACUGAUGGAACAUUACCAGAUUUAGAGGCUUGUGCGUAUGACAGCAUUAGCUGGCAUUUGAUAGGAAUGAGUUCCAAGCCAGAAAUUUUCUCCAUUCAUAUCAAUGGCCAGUCCAUGGAGCAAAGACAUCGCCGAGUUUCUACUGUUAACCUAGUGGGAGGAGCAUCAACCACAGUAAACAUGACAGCGAGUGAGGAAGGAAGGUGGCUGAUAUCUUCUCUUGUCCAAAAGCACCUGCAAGCUGGAAUGCGUGGUUACCUCACUAUAAGAGACUGUGGGGACAAAGAGGUGAGGAAGAGUCGUCUCUCCUAUAAAGAACGUCUUAUGGUCAAAAGCUGGGAAUAUUUCAUUGCUGCAGAAGAAGUUACUUGGGAUUAUGCCCCAACUAUUCCAGACAGCCUUGAUAGACACUAUAAAGCACAGCACUUGGACAACUUCUCAAAUCUCAUAGGUAAAAACUAUAAAAAGGCUAUUUUUAGACAAUAUACUGAUGCCAGCUUCACUAAAAUUCUGGAAAACCCUCGUCCCAAGGAAACUGGAAUCUUGGGCCCUAUUAUCAGAGCUCAACUCAAUGACAAAGUCAAAGUUGUAUUCAAAAAUAAGGCCAGUCGACCCUACAGCAUUUACUUCCAUGGAGUGACACUUUCAAAGAAUGUAGAAGGAGCUGAUUAUCCUCUGGAUCCCACAAGCAAUGGCACCCAGAGCAGAGGAAUUGAACCGGGGAAGAUGUACACUUACGAAUGGAAAAUUGCUAAAACAGACCAACCCACUGCAGAGGAUGCACAAUGUAUUACAAGGCUAUAUCAUAGUGCUGUAGAUACUGAGAGAGAUAUAGCCUCUGGGCUGAUUGGCCCACUUCUGAUUUGUAAAAGUGAAGCAUUGACACAGAAGGGUGUGCAGAAAAAGGCAGAUGGGGAGCAGCAGGCAAUGUUUGUUGUUUUCGAUGAAAAUAAGAGCUGGUACAUAGAGGAUAACAUCAAGGACUACUGCAGCAACCCUGCCACUGUUAAAAGGGAUGACCCCAAGUUCUAUAACUCGAACAUAAUGCACACAAUAAAUGGCUAUGUCUCUGACAGCAGUGAAAUCCUUGGAUUUUGCCAAGAUAGCGUGGUUCAGUGGCACUUCUCCAGUGUUGGCACUCAUGAUGAGAUUGUCUCUGUUCGCCUUUCUGGGCACUCUUUUCUGUAUCAAGGGAGAUACGAAGAUGUGUUGAACCUUUUCCCAAUGAGUGGAGAAUCUGUCACAGUGGAAAUGGACAAUGUCGGUACUUGGCUUUUAGCAUCCUGGGGUACCCCAGAGAGGAGUUACGGCAUGAGGGUGAGAUUCAGAGAUGCCAGAUGUGACUAUGAGGAAGAUGACACAUAUGAUGUUAUGGAUUUCACUUACACAAAGACUGAUAAAAAGGCUGUUUCCACCUCAGUUGAAGAAGAUGUGCAAGAAGAAGGAGAUAAGGAGGACUUGGAUUAUCAGGAUUACCUGGCAGCUUUUUACUCCAUCCGAAGCUUAAGAAAUGCAACAGGUGAUGAAGAAAAACAAAACCUUACAGCACUAGCCUGGGAACAGUAUGAAGGCACUGAUGCCAUGAGUUCUGAGGUGGCAGCUGGCUCAGAUCUGACAGCUAUAAAUAGUAGUGAAUCCACAAACACCUAUAAGUUCUUAGAAACUCAUAUCACUCCUCUUCCCCCAAUCAAGGGUGAAACAUUCCAGUCAAAUCACACAUCAGUCACAGCAGAAGAGGAAUUAUUUUUAGCUAGCACAACUGACGGAAAAGCUGACUUGGUAUUUGAGAAUGGAAGCCAAAGCAAUUAUGAAGUAGAUCACGGUAAUGUGUCUGCAGGUGAACACUUGCUGAGCAAUGGGGAAGGCCAAAUGAAUGUUGCAGAAGAGCUUCCAACUGAUGGAAAAGACAGUAAAUUUUUUUCAGGAAAGCAUCAAGAUGAAAGCACAGGAAGAGGAAAUUAUAACAUUAACAGUAAAAGGAAAAGGCGAAACUCACUAGCCAUUAAGUUUUAUUCCAUCCAAAAGAUGAAUGCCCUUCUAAGUCAUGUACGAAAUAAAAAUGUCUCACUUUCUGACAAGACAAGUGCACCUCAUUCUGUGCAUCAUGCAGAGAACACAUCCAAUAUAGACGUGCUGGGAACUGGCCAGCUUCCAAAUGAUUAUGAUGAUGAACUGGAAGAGGAAGAAACCAACAAGGAAAAUGCCAUGCGUGCAGUUAACUUGACGCUUGCUUUGGGCGUCAUUGUAGGAGAUGGGUCUAAUGCAUCCAGCCUCUCCGAACCCAAGCUAUCCAAAGAUAAACAAGCAGACACUUUUUCUUUAGACCAUACAUUAGGCAAUAUAAGCCCUAAUUCCAGCCCUGCACUAGUGAAGAACUUACGAGAAGCAUCGUUGCCCAGGGCUGGGAAAUAUUCAUCUAAAAUGACAAAUGAGGAAUGGAAUUUGGUGUCUGCAAAGGGAAGUCUGGGAUUAGAAGCAAAUUUAGAUAAAUCUGUUAGUGGUAAGUUAAAUCAUCGUGGCAGAAAUGGUACAGUGUUCAUAAAUAAGAAGCAUAUGAAGAAGUAUCAAGGGUUCUCACAUCUAAUGGGAGAAAAACAGAAAGGGAGCCACAUGCACCUAACUCUGAAAGGAAAGGAGGGGAACAAGAAUGAUACUUUGAGUACAUCUGAAACCUUCAUCAAGAUCCGAAGGAAAAAAAAGGAACAUCCAAGAAUGACUCACUUGCUGAGCCCAAGGAGUAAAAAGCCCCCCAAAAUCACCAAUUCUAUGGCAGGGCUUGGCCAUACAUUGUUUCCGGGUGCGACCAACCACACAACGCUGCCAUGUUGCACUAACACCACAGAGGCACCCAGUGAGGCCAACCAUACAGUGGACCUGAGUAGAGCCAGAAAUGAGGUGUUGCUAAAUUACACGCUCACCCCACGGCAGCCUAAGCCAUUGAUCAUGAUUGGGCUUCCCCAAGAAAAUGGAGACUACGAAUAUGUUACGGAAGGACCUUACAGUGAGGAAACAUCUGGUGGUGAAUAUGAAUACCAUUAUGUGGGCUUUGAUGACCCAUAUAUGACAGAUCCAAAAGUGAAUAUCAAUGAACAACGUAACCCAGAGAACAUUGCUGAACAUUACCUGCGUAGCAAAGGGAAUGAGAGGAGAUACUAUAUUGCAGCUACAGAGGUCUGCUGGAACUAUGCAGGAUAUAAAAAAAGUACAAUGAUGAGUGACAAAACCUGUGCAGAUGGCACUACACAUAAGGUGAUUUUCCAAAGCUAUACAGACAGUACCUUUACGACUCUUCAGGAUGAAGACGAAUAUAAAGAACACCUUGGCAUCCUGGGGCCAGUUAUCCGGGCUGAAGUGGACGAUGUUAUCCUAGUUCAUUUUAAGAAUCUGGCAUCCAGACCAUAUUCCCUCCAUGCUCAUGGACUCUUCUAUGAAAAGUCCUCUGAGGGAAGCAUUUAUGAUGAUGAAUCUACUGCUUGGUUUAAGGAAGAUGAUGAAAUUCAGCCAAAUAACAGUUAUAUAUAUGUGUGGUAUGCAAACAGGCGAUCGGGACCUGUGCAGUCAGGAGCAGCUUGUCGGUCCUGGAUCUACUACUCUGAUUUAAAUCUGGAGAAAGAUAUUCACUCUGGUUUGAUUGGGCCAAUACUGAUCUGUCAAAAAGGAACUUUUAGUAAGUCAAACAGCAGCAGAACAUCAACCCGAGACUUCUUCUUGCUUUUUAUGGUCUUUGAUGAAGAGAAAAGCUGGUACUUUGACAAACAUUCUACAAGGCCUUGUACUGAGAAGACCCAAAAAAUGCAGCAAUGCCACAAAUUCUAUGCCAUUAAUGGGAUUACCUACAAUUUACAAGGCUUGAGGAUGUAUGAAGGUGAACUGGUCCGAUGGCAUUUACUGAAUAUGGGUGGGCCAAAAGACAUUCAUGUUGUUCAUUUUCAUGGACAGACCUUCAUAGAACAAGGAGAGCCAAAGCACCAGCUUGGUACAUACACGCUCCUUCCAGGUAAGUAUCAGAGCAGA